AUGGUAGCCAUUAGCCCAGACUGCAAUGGGCGUGUGUGUGUGUUGAUCUUGAUAGGAGAGCGGGUGCACAUUGAGCAGGGCCUCGAGAACACGGCCCUUGAUAUAAUGGUAACGGAGGAAGCGACACUAACCCCCCCCCCCCCCCCCCCGGGCAGCGAGGACGGCUCCUUCCUGUGGAUGGUGAAGCGCGACCCGCCCUCCUACUUCUUCGGCACCAUCCACGUGCCGUACACGCGCGUGUGGGAGCACAUCCCCAACAACACCAAGCGCGCCUUCCACCUCAGCGACAACGUGUUCUUCGAGCUCGACCUCACCGACCCCUACACCAUCUCCGCCCUCACCACCUGCCAGCUCCUGCCGCAGGGGGAGAACCUCUCGGACGUGCUUCCCGGAGAGCUGUACACCCGCCUGAAGCGCCACCUCGCGUACGUCAAGUCCCAGAUGCCCCGCUGGAUGACGCCGGACCAGCGCGGACGAGGCCUGUACGCGGACUACCUCUUCAACGCCAUCACCGGCAACUGGGAGAGGAAGCGGCCCGUGUGGGUGAUGCUGAUGGUCAACUCCCUGACGGAGAGUGACAUCCGGAGCCGCGGCGUGCCUGUGCUGGACCUGUACCUGGCGCAGGAGGCGGAGCGGCUCACCAAGCAGACGGGCGCCGUGGAGCGGGUCGAGGAGCAGUGCGUCCCCCUCAACGGCCUUAACUUCUCGCAGGUGGUGUUCGCCCUCAACCACACACUGUCACAGCAGGAGAUCUUGCGCGCCGGAGAUGGUCGUCUGACCUUCACCACAGAUGACCUUAUACGCCACUAUAACUGCGGUGACCUGGACGCUGUGAUCUUCUCUCAGGACACCACGCAGGUCCCCCACCUCGGCAACUCGUCCCUGCCGCCCGUCGACGCCGCCACCGCCACGCACAUCGACGAGUACUUCCGGGAGGAGCUCAUCUACCGCCGCAACCAGCGCAUGGGCGAGCGCGUCGUCGAGAUCCUCAAGGCCAACCCCGACCAGAGCUUCUUCUUCGCCUUCGGAGCCGGUGAGUCGCAGGGGGAGGUGCUUGGGCUCUUUUUUUCUUUUCCUUUCUUUUUCUUAGGGAGAAAGGUUAUGUUUUGGGUUAUGGAUUACUUGUAUGGUCAUGUGCAUUGCGUCGGUACUCGCAGACACUUGUAA